CUGGAAGUCUGACGUGGCAGACCCACCUCCAGGUUGAGUCCAGGAAGUCGGGACUGAAGUAGCCGGCUGACAGUUGUGUACCAUGAGAAUGGAGCAGGCACCGUUUAGAUGCAUAGAGUGUAACGCAGAUGCCCAUGAACUCUACAGAGAUUACAGAAAUGGGAUUUUGAAAAUUACGAUAUGUGAAUCGUGCCGGAAGCCCGUGGACAAGUACAUUGAAUAUGACCCAGUGAUCAUUCUAAUCGAUGCAAUAUUAUGCAAGACUCAGGCGUUCCGACACAUUUUAUUCAAUACCAAAAUAAAUAUUCAUGGGAAACUGUGUGUUUUCUGCCUGCUCUGUGAGGCGUAUCUGAGGUGGUCGCAGCUACCAGGCUCUGAAAAGACUGUUGACCCGGCGGAUAUCAUCCGAUAUACCAAAGAAUGGGAUUUUUAUGGGAUGUUCAGUUUGGCAGCCCUGGAGCUGGGUGUCUUCCUCGGAGGCGUGCUCGCGUUCCUGUGGCUCCUGCAGCGGCUUCGAAGGGCCGACCUGAAGCCGCAGUUGCUGUUCGAAGCCCUGUUGCUCUCCUGCUAUGGCAAGCUGCUGCUUAUACCCGCUGUCAUAUGGGAGCAUGAUUACUCACCCUUAUGUUUCGGGCUUAUUAGACUCUUCGUGCUCGCCUCCAACUCCCAGGCUAUUCGAGUUAUUUUGAACAUCAGCAGGAGGCUAGCUGUCAUGGCGGUGUUCUUUGGUUUGCUGCUGGAAACUGGUAUGGCUAAAAAGAUCCACAAUCUGCUGUGAAGCAUAGAGGAACCCCUUUGGUUCUGGCGUUUGGACCCACCUCUCCUGUUCAAGGCUGGACCUGCAAAGACACUUGAGUCGGCCCCGUGGCAAUGUUCUCAAAAUAUUGUGGCAGAGACUUAGUUGACCGGAGUUAAUAAGCGCUGGAGCACUUGGUAUUAUUUAAGAAGUAUCACAUUUUUUGUGCCCCUUAAAAAAGAUGAAUGUAUUUAGCUAGCGUAGGGGAAAUUUUGUAACAUUUGUGUGGAAUUUAAAGAUUAAACAAUAUGUCGAUUGAUGAAAUUCAUCUGACAUAACACGUUUUUAAGCAGUUUAUUACUAAAUAUUAUUACAAGAAGCAACUUAACUUUGCCAAUAUGGAGGAAAAGAACUGCCCAACACUGAAUCGUGGGACAGCACAACCAGCAUGGAAGGAUAGAAAUGUGGAAUGACAGAAUGAUUUUCAACACCUGUGAUGUAACAUAUCCCAUUCGGCCAUUUUAAGGCUUUGCUUAGAGGUGACACCAGAGGCAAUGAGAUAUGUCUGAAGCCCAAGCGCCUGCAGAAUGAUUUAUUAUCUUAAAAUCUGAAUGUGCUACUUAAUAAUCUGAUGAUACUUACAUAUGUCAUAUUUUAGUUGUCAGUGGUUAUACCAUCCAUCCAUUUAAUAAUUUAUGAAUUUCAGCUUAACGGUGAGACUUUAUUUUAUAUAAACAGUAAAAAUAGUUUAAACCAUGGGCAAAGAAUUGUUGGCAAGUGUUUAUUGAGCCAGUGUAUGAAAUACUAAAGGAUUUUUUUCAGUUUUUUGUUAAUGUUACUUUGAGAUUUUUAAUAAAGUUUUUUUUUUUCUCUC